UCAAAAUAGAUCCUGGCGCCAAUUCUGUCAAUAUGGCAUCAAAAACGGCGAAGUACGAGCUGACUCCAGGCGAAGCGGAGGAAGAAAACACAAAACCAAUCACUGAAACCCCUCAAACACAGCCGGCCAGAUGGACUCUCUGGCUAGUGUAUUCAACAGCUGUUUGCAUUCUCGGUUCCUCGCUUCAAUUUGGCUACAACACCUCGUGCAUCAAUGCGCCAGAACAGGUGCAAAUACUGCUAUCAUUCCUAUGUACCUGUCUGAAAUUGCCCCUGUUAAUUUAAGAGGGUCUUUAGGAACGUUAAACCAGUUUGGCGUGGUWACAGGUUUACUUCUAGGAUUUGUAGUGGGUCUGAAACAGUUACUUGGGUCCGGCGAAGGCUGGCCAUAUCUGUUAGGUUUCAGCAUUGUUCCAGCCGUUAUUCAACUAGUAACACUGCCGUGGUGUCCAAAGAGUCCACGUUAUUUGCUGCUUGAGCUAAACAAGUCUGAUGAAGCGAUAGAAGCCCUAAGAAAGCUUAGAGAUGCAGAAAACGUUGAUAAUGAUAUUGAAGAAAUGAAGAUUGAACAAGAAGCAGAGAGCCAUACAGAAAAAGUCAAAGUCAUUCAAUUAUUCAAGCGACGAGACCUGCAGAUGCCRCUUUUCAUAGGAAUUGUGAUGCAAAUGUCACAACAACUUGGAGGCAUAAAUGCAGUAUUUUAUUAUUCAACGUCAAUAUUUGAACAAGUUGGUGUCCCUGAAAGUCGUGUUGCGACCUGUGGUAUUGGAAUCGUUGGCCUUGUUUGCACUGGACUCACCGUUAAAUUAGUUGAGGUUCUUGGCCGACGUACAUUGAUGCUUUAUGGCUUGGGUGGUAUGUUUGUUUUCUACGCAGUGAUGACCAUAGCAUUUCGUUACAACACGUUGGAGGGUACUGAAUAUGUUGCAGUCAUUGCAACCAUGGUUCUUGUUCUCUUCUUCUUUAUUGGACCAGCUCUAUCCUUACACGUUCCUGGUAUUCAUGGGUUUACUGGCCAUAUUCUGGACAUUUACUUUCUUUUUCGUCCCUGAAACCAAAGGAAAAACCAUCGAAGAAAUCACCAGUCAUUUCAGGAGUGGUGGGAACUCAAGGAUCGUGUUUUAUAGGGGGCUGAAAAGUCGGAACCAAAAUGGUAACGUUAUGGUCCAUGAAGCUGAAGCACUUGAAUAAUAAUGUGCCUUAUAAUACGUUAUUAUAUAGUUAUUCUGUAAUAUCGAAAUAGAGUGAAGGCAUUGAUCCUGUGAAAUAAAAGUUAAUAAUUAAACUGUAAUAGUCAAAUAGACACAAAAGAAAACAAUGGAAUUAUCGAGUAAUAACAUGUAAUAGUCAAAUAUGUAUUUCACGGGUUCAUUGACUUCACUCUAGACGGUUUAUAUUAUAUAAAUAUAUAAUUAACUAGUCAUUUGCAUGCGGUUGUAUUGUAUUUGAACUGUAUACYAUAAUAAUAAAGUAGUUAAUUCAUUUUAA